CAACAACAACAACAACAACAACAACAACAACAACAACAACAACAACAACAACAACAACAACAACAACAACAACAACAACAACAACAACAACAACAACAACAACAACAACAACAACAACAACAACAACAACAACAACAACAACAACAACAACAACAACAACAACAACAACAACAACAACAACAACAACAACAACAACAACAACAACAACAACAACAACAACAACAACAACAACAACAACAACAACAACAACAACAACAACAACAACAACAACAACAACAACAACAACAACAACAACAACAACAACAACAACAACAACAACAACAACAACAACAACAACAACAACAACAACAAUGGUAACAAU